AUGGUGGGAUGGACGCAACCCCGAGGCAAAUCUCUGAGCCGCGCCAUCGGCCUAGUCGGUGCAUUCGGUUUCGUGCUGCAAGGCUAUGAUCAGGCGGUUGCGAAUGGGUUACUGACCCUGGGCUCAUUCAUCACCGUCUGCCCCCAAGUCGACACGGUAAAUACCACCGGGAGCCAGAAGUCUCAUAAUUCUACCAUUCAAGGUACGACGGUUGCCAUCUAUGAAGUGGGCUGCGCCCUCGGUGCCUUGGGGUGCGUCUUCCUGGGAGAUCUGCUGGGUCGACGCAAAACCAUCUUCCUCGCAGGCUGUGUUGCGCUCGUUGGGAUUGCCAUUCAAGCAACCCAUGUGCAUUGGGUCAGCUCAUCGCAGGGAUUGGGAGUCGGUGGAUUCACGGCGACGAUCCCCAUCUUUGUCUCGGAGUCAUCGGGGCCCGAAGCGCGUGGGCGGAUGGUUCUUCUGGAGGGAUGGUUUGCUAUCGGUUGCAUUGUCCAUGUGACCUGGCUCGAGUUCGGUCUGUACUAUGUGAGCGAUAAUUCCGUGAGCUGGCGCUUUCCGAUUGCCUUUCAAGGAGUCUUUGCCAUGGUGGUGGUGCUAUGUAUCAUGUUCCUGCCCGAGUCCCCUCGCUGGUUAGCCCGGUCGGGCCGGUUCGAAGAGGCCGCCCAGGUACUGGCCCGGCUGGAAGAUGUGCCUGUCGAGUCCGAGCACGUCGCACAGGAGCUUGAAAUUAUUCGACACUCCCUUCAGAGCGGCGAGCGGGACGAGUCGUCCGGGUCCGGGUCUCCCUUCGCCUUGACCAAGAAUCGUCAUUUAACACCGAACGCCCGCAUUAUUACCGGGUGCCUGCAGAUCUGGCAAUUUGUGGCCGCUGGUCUGGCGGUGUUGCUGAUUGAUCGCCUGCCUGGUAGGCCUCUCAUCCGACAUCCACAAUACGUCCGUCGCCGGGGCAUCACUUCUCUUCUAUUUCAUGGCACUGUUCUGCUUCCCCAUUGGGUUAUUCUUGGUGCCCUUCAUGCCGCGGAGAUUGCGCCCCUCCGCACCCGUGCGAAGGUGACGGCCAUGUCGGCAGCGGCAAAUUGGUUGUUUAACUUCCUCUUGGCCGAAGUGACCCCGGUGGGAUUUGCCCGCAUUCAGUGGCGGUACUAUAUUGUCUACGCGUGUAUUAGCGCCUUUGCCUGCGUCAACUUUUACUUUUUCUGCCCGGAGACGAAGGGUCGCACUUUGGAGGAAAUUGAUGAGAUCUUUGUCUUGUCGGACUCGGUUUUCGAUACUGUCCGCGUGGCACGGGAGAUGCCCUUCCAGACGGAAAUCCUAGCCCACAUCGAUGACACGGAGAAGGUGGGAGCCGAGGACGAGCGUGUCGAUAAUGUAGGCGCAACCGGGGCGGCCGCGGCAUCGUAA